AUUCUUUUCAAUUCUCGCUUCAGAGUGAUCGGACGUGUUGUGAUUGGGUUCCUGAUGGAAAUAUUUGAAAUCGAUAAGAAGUUUGUCUGCAGGUCGUUCGUAGAUAGGUGACGCUGAGCUUCUCGAUAUGACUACACCAGUUGAAAGUACGGCAGAGAAUGGAAAGAGCUUGCACGCUUAUCCGAAGCAAAAAGCCUUCAAUUUGGGCGACGUUGCGACGGAAAGCGCUAAAAGUCUCAGCGACGCCGAAAAGGCCAAAUUGGAAGAGCAGAACAAGCGCAUGGUGACGCCAUUUCAAGCGCUGAAACUCGAACAAGAGUCCCGCAAACAUUGGGAUUUGUUCUACAAGCGAAACGAGGAUCGGUUCUUCAAAGACCGGCACUGGACGACGCGUGAGUUUAGCGAGUUGCUGGCUGAUGCGGCAGAAGAACCGGAUGGUAAUAGAUCUUCUACGCCACGCGAGAACAGCACAGAGGAGGAAAAUGUGGAAAACAGCAAAAACGACAGAACACUACUCGAAAUCGGUUGUGGUGUGGGAAAUUUAGUAUUUCCGCUGAUAGAGGAUGGGCAUCGCGAUUAUUUCAUUUACGCGUGCGAUCUAUCACCACGUGCCGUUGAGUUGGUGCGGAAACAUAACCUCUACGAUGAGCGAUAUAUCAAAGCGUUCGCUUGCGACAUCACCACGGAGGAAGUGUUUGGCAUGGUGGCCGAAGGUAGUCUGGAUAUUGUGACGUUGAUAUUCGUACUCUCCGCAAUACAUCCGGAUAAGUUCCUUGCAACAGUGACCAACAUAUAUCGACUGUUGAAACCGGGUGGUGUGGUGCUGUUCCGCGAUUACGGACUGUACGAUAUGGCCCAGUUACGGUUCAAGCCGGGACACAAGAUAGCGGAAAACUUCUACACGCGUCAGGAUGGUACGCGAAGCUACUUUUUCGCGGAGAAGGAAGUGUCCGAAUUGUUCCAGAAGGUCGGGUUUACGGUGCUGGUGAACAGCUAUAUCCAUCGACGAACAAUAAAUCCGAAGGAGAACAUCGAUUUGCCAAGAAUUUUCGUACAAGGCAAGUUCAGCAAACCGGACCGUGUUUGAAACCAUCAGAUGGCCAUGGUGGAGACUCAGUCGUGCAGAAACGGGAAAGAUUGGCAGCGACCUUUUCCCUUCAAGCUGGAUAGGGAUGCGUGAACUCCAUCCAAUGCCUUCGUUAUUAGUUUCCUUUUUUAACCCUGUCAACGCCAUGCUCAAAUCGUGUUAAAAACAUCCAUAAGACAUAUCACCCGAAUUCGUGGCAUGUGGCGCUGAACGUAUUGAAAAGACUGCUGCUUUUGGUUACAAAUCCGCACAACACUGUUUUCUCUUGAGGCUUUUAACAGAUUAUCAUCCUCCGAAGGUGCUAUGCCUGCCCUAAACCCUAUUUUGGUUGGUGGUGCAGUCGUCAUUCUAGAAUAACAUAAGAACAACGAUCAUUAGAAGCAAUGUGCGUUAUCGGUCACCGUAAAAGAGAACGAACCUCUCGGAAGCCUAGGACAUACAGAUGAGGUUCAAUCAGCGGCUGUAUGAAAAACGUAUGUUUAUCACGUUAAGUGACAUCUUCGUUGGAUUCUGCGAUUUGGUUUUAUGCUGAUCUUCUAAUGCGUGCGCUAUCAGAUGUCCGAUAUUGGUCACUGUAAAAGAGAACGAACCUGUCGGACGCCUAGGACACACAGGUAUGGGGUUCAAUCAGCGGCUGUAUAAGUAUGAUUCAUUUGUCUUGCAGUUUUAGUGCGGUGGAAUGUAUUUCUUUGCGACUAUUAUUGAAAUAAAAUGGGUGAAUCAUAUU